CAAAGAAUGCAUUCAUUUAUUCAAAAGUGAUACAUUGAUCAUUCGAUAAAUAUAGAAGAUCGUUUAUUAGCUAUCAUUUGCUAUAAAUUAUCUGAUCCAUACGUAUCAAAUAAUGAACAACGACUUGAAAAUAAAAAAAAUAAUACUAUUCUUAUUGCUAAAAUGAUGAAAGCAGCUGAUAAUACAAUUAAUCAUAUAAUUUCUUUAUCAUACUUUCGAGAAUUAGAUAUGACUUCGUUAUUUUCAUAUGAAUUUUCACCAGCACCAUUAUUAUUAUGUGAUACUCAAGAUUGUAAUCUAUUAAAUCAACAACAAAAAUCAGAAAUAAUAAAAUUAUUUGAAAAAGAAUGUCCAAUUGGUUUUUCAACAAAAAAUCCAACAAUCAAUAAUGGUAAAUGGGCUUUAAUCAUUGAUGGUGGUCCACUAUUAGAAAUUCGACCAUUACACUCGAAUGGCACUAUUUAUGAUUAUGCUAAACAGUUAUUAUCACAUAAUGUUAUUCCAGAAUUUCAAAAUUAUGAUCGAAUUGAUAUUGUAUUUGAUGCUGAUCAAAGUAAAUUUAUUAAAUCAUGUCAUGGAUAUCAAAACAAAGAAGAACAACAACAAUAUGAUUUAAAACCAAAUGAUAUUUUAGAUUCUUCAAGAUUUGAUGAAUUUGUCCAUAGUAAUCGAGCAAAAUUAGCACGUGUUAUUCGUUCUUAUUGGUCACAAAAUGAACUUAUUGAUUUAUUACCGGUCAAUAAACAUUUAAUAAUAGGUGGUCCGCAACAUGAAACUAUUAAAUUAUUCAAUAACAAGAAUUCAUCAUUAACAUUAUCAAUAGAAACCUUAUACAAUUUAGAAUCGGACCACAUCGAAGCUGAUACGCGUAUUUUUCUUCAUACAUAUAAUAUUCAAAUGAAAGACGAUGGUGACUUAAUUAAAUUUGGUGAUGAUUUAACAAUUACAACUGAAUCAUUACAAGCUGCUGAAGACUUGUUGGUAUCAUGUUAUAAAAAUUCAAGAACUUUCAAAUCAUCAAUAUCACGAACGACAUCAUCAUCAUUUUCGACAACAACAAAAUUAGCACCUGAAACAUUAUUAAAUGAUUUACGAAAAACUAUGGCUUUAAAAUACUUUAAAAAUUCAACAUUAAAUAUAUGUACAAAAUUACCAUCAACAUCAAAUUCAUUUUAUCAGUAUUGCCAACGUACAUGGAGACAAGUAUACAUUUGGAAAAAAGCAUUUGAACAAUAUAAUGUAAUGAAUUAUUAUUCAAUUGAAAAUUAUGGAUAUCAACGAGCAAAUGAUGUACCAAAUGAUAUAUCUUUAAGUAAAUGUGUUAAAUGUACAAGUGAUUGUCAAAGAUGUAAAUGUUCAACAAAUAAUUUACCUUGUACAUCUUUUAGUGGUUAUUCAAUUGAUCAAUGUGAAAAUUGUACAAGUAUUCAGAUGAAAACACAAUCAACUGAUAUAAUAAAAACAAAACGAACGUCGUCAGUAAUCAACAAAUACUCUUUUGAUGAUUAUUAUGAUAAAGACAAAGAAGAUGAUACUCAAAUGGAAAAUUCAACAAAUAUUGAUUAUGAAAAUGAUGAUGAGGACGAUGAUAAUCAAGUUGCACUUGAACUAAUUUAUGAUAAUUAUAGCAAUGUUAGUUUCAAUAAUGAAACAAAUAAUGAUUCUUCAAAUGAUAAUAAAAUUCAACCAAACCUAAUGAAUAUAUCAUUUGAUAUGGAACACAGUUAUUUUUGUCGAUCACCAUCGUGA